CAAAGCGCCGGUUGGCAGCGCUACGUCUUGUAGCGCACCACCGAAGGCUAGAAUUCGUACAGAACGGAGAUCAUACGCAACUGAUACGUGCGCAUACGCCAGACGCGCAACGGAGGCAGCCUCGCCAGGGAAGGAACCCACCCCUGGGCAGGGGGCAGCAGCAGCACGCCACCGCCGCGAAACAACGAUGGACGACGACUUCAACAGGUCCAUGCGCGAGUGCGAGGACCUGAUCGGGAGAUUGGCCCAGUUCGGCACGCAUUCACCGCUCAUCGAGUCGACGAACACGUUUCGCGAGAAGACCCAAGAGCGCCUCGCGCAGCUGCGAGCCAAGUUCCCGCGGCCGCCCGUCCAGGAACAACGAGCGCCCACCCCUCCACCUCCUCCAUCAAUAAGGAGCCGCCCGGACUGGCUCGCGCAGGCUACGGAACGAACCGCGCAAUCGCCGGAGUUCCGACAACUAUGCCGAGAGUUACUGUGGCGCGUGGAGUCGUCUUCAGAAGAUUUCGGGGAUCAAUCAUCCAUCCAAAGAUGCGCGACGUUGGACGACGCCUACGCGAAACUACAAAGGGAAAGUGCGGUCGCGGGCCAAUUCGAGGCCUUCGCCGCCGCGACGCUAGACAACGCGUUAGCCGAAAGAGCAGCUAUAUAUAGAUUGGAUGGGGCCGAAUCUUAUGUGGAUGCUUGUGAAAGGGAGGCGUCGGGGGCGAUCAUGGGCUUGCUCGACAGUCUACCGGGCGACGACGCGCCGGGAGCGCUUCGAGCGUUGGUGGGAAGAGCCCUACCGCAAGCUUUAAGAGAGCGAUUGUGGGCUCGAAGACUCACAGAUGUCAAAGUCGAACGCGAGUUCCGAGAAUCAAGAGGCGACUGGUCCGUGAGAUCCCCGCACGAGGCCGACAUCACAGCUUUCUGCGUGAAGGUGCUCUCGGACACGGACGGAGACAAGUUGUGUGUUGCGCGUUCAUCUUUCUCGUUUUUGGAUGCGAAGGCCCGCGAGUCUGGUGGCCCUUUGCCUUCGGACGUGUAUUGGUUAGCAAGACCGUUGCUCGAGGUGCUCGCGCUGGACGACGCCGUGCUCGCCUCGGCAGUUUCCAGUACACUAGAACGGGGCCUGGAGCCCGCCACCAAGCCGGAAGGCACGCUCGCCUUCGGCGACGAAUCGACAGAUAACCAAUCGGUGCUCGAGGGCGGCGCCGGCGCGGCCGCUUUAGCUUUGCGACUGGGCGUGCAGCGCAAGAACACGCAACGGUGGUGGGUUCCUAGAGAUUGGCUCCAGAGGUGUCGUUCUUUGCUUGUCGACUUAUGUCCCUCAUUAGCAAAGGCACUUCGCGUAGAGGAGGACACGGACGACGCGGAAAAUAUAGUAGCGAGGGCCAUCGGACGGUCCAUGCGCCGCGGGUUGAGUGACAUCCUGGCCACGGGCGUUUUACUGUUUGUCUGGGACCAGUGCGUUCUGACCUCAUUUGAUUUAGUAAUUCCGUACGCCGCGGCUUGUGUCUUAGCUCUAUUAGAUGAGCCGUUGCAGUUCUUUCUGCGCGACAACGACGACCCGCAAGUGCACGAGGCCCUCAUGCGCCUCGGGAAGGACCUGCCAUUGGUGGAUGUGGAGACGUGUUUCCGAAGAGUCGUCCCGAAGAUCGCGCCCGACGCGCGCGAGCUCACGGACGCUAUUAGUGCAAGACCGCCGCCCGGGUUGCUCGUCGAGGCGUCGCUGCCGGGCGCCGCCGCCUUGGGCGGCCUCGCGGACGUCGUCGUCGACGCGCUGGCGGACGGCGCGGGCUUCAGCAUGCACGGUAUCGUGUCCGGGUCCCGUUUGUUUACGUCGCGUCGAUGGCGUCUGAAACACGUCACGGAGGACGCUCACGCGGUCGCGACGCGAGCGACGACCCGCGACGAUGGCGUAUGCGCUGUACCGCCAUCGCGGCGACGAUCACACACCUACCCCACCGGCACGCCAUCGCCGCGACCACCGACACGCAGCACCCACGCCGUCGCCGCGCAGGCACGCUCCACUGUUUUUUGAGGAACCUGGACUGCCGGCUCGAGUGGUGCGAGGUCUUCCCGGCCAAAGACUCGUUACCGGACGUCGUGGAUCGGUUAUUGGCUUUACCGGCCAAUCGGAAGCGUAUCUUGAAGGCGCGGCAACAAUGGGGGGACCAGGGCGGCUUCGACUCGAGUUUGAGGGAGGCCUGCGCCGUCGCCGCCUGCCGCGCGCUGCCUGGAUUAGCCGCUUUAUAUGCGGGGAGCUACCCGGCGACGAUCCAAGAGUCACUGAAGGACAUCAUGAAAGAGUGCGUUCGGUUUUCAUUGCCCGUAAGAGCCGACGACGACGACAGGGACGGCGACGGCGUGAAAGAUGAGGUAGAAUACGAGCCCACGACGGGCGCUUUACUGGGAGAACACGUGCCGCAGGUUGAUGUACUACUAAGAAAGAACUCGAAGCCCCAGGACCCCGGCCUGGGACCCGGCUCGGCGCUGCUCCAAGCGGCGGGCAUCUUUGCCAUCAGGGCGGCCCCCGGUAGCUUGUGGCCCCACUACGCCCCGGGCCUCAUGCAUCUUGUGUAUCUCGCCUACAAUUCCCUAAGGGAGCAGCACCACCUCGCCGGCAUCGAGGAGUCGAAGCAGAAGGAGAUCGCCGCCGCCGAGAAGGCCAUCGACAACUGUCGGCGGGCCGAGGCGAAGAAGAAGGAAUUAGCACAGAAGGAAAGGGACUCCAUGAAUGCCCAGGAGCAGGCUAAGUUGGAUGAGCAAUAUAGAAAGGAAGCUCGGGAGCAGCAGAAGAAACGUAUUGAAGCUGCGGACGCCGCCGACGAGAAGGUCAAGGACGCGUUCCUGGCCUGCGUGAACGCGGCGAAGGAGUGCGGCGACACGUACAAGAAGUGUAGGGAGGCCUUCGAGGCCAAGGAACGAUGGCGCAAACAGCUUAUUGAUUCGUUGGUCGAGAGGGAGCAAAAGGCCGCGUUCAAGCAGGUCUUUGCGUCGCCGGCGGACGUCGCGGAGUAUUGCGCCGACGCUAAAAAAGCCAAGGCCUACGCGAAGAAAUUCGCGAAGUUCGAGAAGAGUAUCAGGAAGGCCUGGGGCAAGUCGCCGGACCUCAAGGAUCCGUACGUGCUGCCCGACGCGGGUGCGGUCGACGCGCUGAUUGAUCGGUGGCGGGGGCCGGGGGCGUAAAGGGUCAGUGUACUUUGUGUGUUUGAACGGGACAUCUGCGAGGCGCUCCGAGGGCAUAACUUUGCCGAGUUGCAUCGCCCGGCCAGUGGACCGAGCUCUCCUGCAUGGGGCACGGAUACGCUGCAGCGGCUCGAGAAGAUCAAGAUUGUAGGCAGCGGACCACGGCCGAGAUCGUCGCGGAGCUGUCGGGCGGCCCGAGCUGCAAGCUCGGCGCGAAGGCGCGCGCCCUUCUCGCCGCGUCGACGGCGCCGCACGCCUAUGUGCGCUUCGAGGUCGUCGAUUUCAACGGCAAGUCGCUCAGCAAGACCGUGCCUGCUCGCCACGCGGGCGAUCCCGUGGACCUCUACUCCGGCGCCAUCUCCAUGGGCGCCAACGCGCGCGUGCAAUGCUUCCCGGAGAAAGUGCGGGACGGCUGCCCGAACUGGCGCCUCCGCCCCGACUGGGCGACGUUGCAACGUUUACCGUGGGCGUCGUCCCCGGAGCGGGACGUCUUCCGCGUCUGCUGCGAGCAGGCCGCCGCGCCUACGCCG